AUGGAGCUGGUGGAAGGGAAGAUCUCCUGCAAGAAACUCUUCAUCUUCCUGCUCUUCAGCUUCACCUUCGAAUCCUGUCUCUUAGUUUCUCUUCAUCACUUGAGGACUUCCAAGCCUGUACACCACGAUUAUGAUCCCUUUGCACAGACAGCUUAUGCUGGGAAUACCAGCGCCCCGCUGGUGGGCAAACGCAGGCUGACCAUCCUGCUCUGGCAGUGGCCUUUUAGGCAACACUUUGAAUUCAUAAACUGCACGAUGCUCUACAGCACCCCCAACUGCCACAUCACCACCAACCACAGCUGGUCCCAGAAGGCUGAUGCUGUGAUAAUGCACCACAGGGAUGUGUGCUGGAACGCCACGUGGUUGGCCCAGCUCCCCAGACUCCCAUCCCAGCGCUGGAUCUGGUUCAACUUGGAGUCCCCAAGUCACUCGCCAAAUUUAAGAGCCAUGGAUAACCUCUUCAACCUGACCAUGCCUUACCGGAGAGACUCGGACAUCUUUGCCCCUUAUGGGGAGCUGCAGCUCCUUAGCCAGCCCCAGCCUCUCAGCAUCCCACCCAAGACCAAGCUGGUGGCCUGGGUAGUCAGCAACUGGCGAGCUGACUCCCACCGUGUAAAGUACUAUGAAGAGCUGAAGAAACACGUCAAUGUGGACAUCUGUGGACGGUAUCAUUUGCCCCUGCCCCAGGAGAAACUCCUUUCCACUAUGUCCCAGUACAGCUUCUACCUGGCUUUUGAGAACUCACAGCAUGAAGACUACAUCACUGAGAAGCUCUGGAGGAAUGCCUUGUCCUCUAGCACCGUCCCUGUUGUCCUGGGGCCUCCUCGAGAAAACUACGAGCGCUUCUUGCCCCCUGACUCCUUCAUCCAUGUCGAUGACUUCGCCAGCGCCAGGGACCUGGCACGGUACCUGCAGGAGCUGAGCAGGGAUGCUGAGAGAUACCAGCGCUACUUCCAGUGGCGCAAGUGGUUGAAACCCAUGGUGGGAGCUAACUGGUCUCUGCACCUCUGCAGAGCUUGUCACUUCUUGCAGACAACAGAGGCCAGGUACCAAGUUGUGCCCAAUCUGUCUGAGUGGUUCAUGUAG